AAUUACUUUUGCAAUAAUUUUAGAGACCAGAAAAGUUCAGUAAGUUAAGUGUUAUCCAGCCUAUUUUAAUAUUGUUUAAUACAUUUCAAUACCACCACACAUUUUUAUGUAUUCUCUAGCAAAUAAAAUGACAGCGUGACAUACAGUAUGGAUAUAUGGAGACCAAUAUCAUGUUUAAAGUACAUAUACAAUGUGUGUAGGCCUAUACAGCAAAAUAUGUUAUGUGAGAUUGUUUUUUUUACUUUGUUUGUUUAAAAUUGUUUGGUGUUGUCGAGACGUGGAUAACCAUACAUUCCCACUUGAAUUCACAGUCCUGCAGAUAUGCAAAGGCACUUUAUCAGCCAACUCUAAAAGACAUUCAACGUUACGAGCAUAUUUUAUUUGGAAAUAAACGUUUUAUCGUUUAGUGAAUGCGUCUUGGUCUUGCGAAUCGGUGUUGCGAAUCGGUCUCGCGCGUGGACCACGGCCCACGAGCUUCAGGAUGACAAAACCUCAUUCAUUAGUAAUCGAGUCGCUAUUUGAAGAGGUGAGUCCACGAUAAGGCUCGGAAGCGCACGAUCUUAAAUCGAGCCCCCACCCUCUCAGAAUUUCCACGUCGUGCGACUCGUGCCCGCUCGCAUCCACACAGCAGCACAUGGUUCCCAUCAAGCCCAUAAAUCAGGCGGUGCAAUAGUCGGAAUUGAGCACACAUGCACAUCAGACCGGGGUUGGCUGCUGUUGCAGCAGAGGACGCGAGAGAUGCGCAGAUCAGUGCUUUAAAAGGGGGAGGGAUGGACGGCUCGAGAUGAAACCAAAAAGCCUGUAUGGUGAUCAAUAUCUGAGCGUUUUGUUGCAUAUCGCCGCAGUACUUUACAGGUGUAUACUCGAGUAUUCUCAUACGGAUUGACUAAAACGGAGCCACAUGUCACAUGUGCUUCAUAGGAAGAGACGGGGCAUCAUCUGCUGCAAGCCGGAUCUGGAGGAGGAUGCUGCGGCAAGUGAUACACAGAGGGUUGAAAUCUUCUUUCUACUGGCUGGGUUUGUUCGUGAGCAGGCAUCCGGUUUUCUUUCUCACCGUCCCCGCGGUGCUGACCAUCAUCUUCGGGUCUACGGUGCUCAGCAGGUUUAAACCCGAAACCGACCUGGAGAUCCUGGUGGCCCCGACGCACAGCCUGGCGAAGAUCGAGCGGAGUCUCGCCAACAGCCUUUUCCCCGUCGAUCAGUCCAAACACAAGCUGUACUCGGACCUGCACACCCCCGGCAGAUAUGGCAGGCUCAUACUGCUGGACAGAUCCGGGGGAAACAUCCUGGAGCUCGCCGAGCAGGUGCUCCGGGUGCACAAGAGAGUCCUGGAUAUGCGCGUCAAUUACAAAGGCUUCAAUUACACUUUCGCGCAUCUCUGCGUCCUGAGCCACCGGGACAAGAGAUGCUUGCUGGAUGAUAUCAUCACCAUAUUUGAAGACAUUCGGUUGGCUGUUCUUUCCAAUAGCACUUUUGCCAAGGUCCCUGUGAGCUAUCCUAAUACGACGUUAAAGGAUGGUCGAGUGUCCUUCAUUGGCCAUCAGCUGGGUGGCGUGGCCUUGUCGGCGAACAGCCGUGACCAACAGGUCAAAUUCGCCCGCGCCAUCCAGAUCACGUACUACCUCCGGAACCUCGGCCCAGUCGUACAGGACAUCAUUGCCGAGAGGUGGGAAAGGGAAUUCUGUAAGCUGGUGCACCAGCUGGCUACGGACAGCCAGGAGCUACACAUUCAGUCUCUCACAUCCUUCAGCUUGUGGCGGGAUUUUCACAAGACGGGAGUGCUGGCCAAGAGCGAGGUUUUGGUCAGCUUGGUUCUGGUCCUCCUGGCUGCGACCAUCUCUAGCUCCAUGCGGGACUGCUUGCGAGGGAAGCCCUUCUUGGGUCUGUUGGGCGUCCUCACCAUCUGCAUCGCCAACGUGACGGCAGCUGGGAUUUUCUUCAUUUCGGAUGGGAAGUUUAACUCUACGCUGCUUGGGAUACCCUUUUUCGCCAUGGGACAUGGAACCAAGGGGGUUUUUGAACUUCUGGCCGGCUGGAGAAGAACCAGAGAGAGUUUGCCCUUCAAAGAGAGAGUGGCGGAUGCUUUUGCCGACGUGAUGGUGUGUUACACCAUGACCAGCUCCCUCUAUAUCAUCACAUUCGGCAUGGGCGCCAGUCCGUUCACCAAUAUCGAAUCCGUGAAGGUCUUCUGCCAGAGCAUGUGCGUAGCUGUCCUGGUGAACUACUUCUAUGUCUUCUCCUUUUACGGUUCCUGUUUGGUAUUUGCUGGGCAGUUGGAGCAGAACCGCUAUCAUAGUGUAUUCUGCUGCAAGAUCCCCUCCGUGGAGUACCUCGACCGUCAGCCCACCUGGUUUAAAACCAUGAUGAGCGACGGUCACGACCUCUCCACGCACCACGACAGCGUCCCGUACCAGAACCACUUCAUUCAGCACUUCCUGAGGGAGCAUUACACAGAAUGGAUUACCAACACUUACGUCAAGCCUUUUGUUGUUAUCCUCUACCUGAUUUAUGCCUCUUUUUCUUUUAUGGGUUGUUUACAGAUCAGCGAUGGAUCCAACAUUAUUAACCUGCUAGCUAGUAACUCGCCCAGCGUCUCGUUUGCGUUGACCCAACAAAAGUACUUCAGCAACUACAGUCCGGUCAUUGGCUUUUACAUCUACGAACCCAUCGAGUAUUGGAACUCCACCGUGCAGGAGCACCUGAAGACGUUAGGCCAGGGUUUUAAUAAGAUUUCAUGGAUCGAUAACUACUUUCACUAUCUAAAGGUCGUCAAUGUCAGCGCAUCAACCAAAAGCGAUUUUAUUAACAUCCUCAAGACUUCGUUUCUCCGAAGCCCCGAGUAUAAACACUUUGUGGACGACAUCAUUUUUUCCAAAAACGGAGAUGAGUAUGACAUCAUCGCGUCCAAGAUGUACUUGGUCGCCAGGACGACCGAAAAGACCAGGGAGGAGGUCGUGGAGCUGCUAGAAAGACUUCGACCACUUUCCCUCAUAAACAGCAUUAAGUUUAUCGUUUUCAACCCGACCUUUGUGUUCAUGGACCGCUACAGUUCCUCCAUCGUCUCCCCCAUCCUCACGUCAGGUUUCAGUGUGUUGACCAUCCUCAUCCUCACCUUUUUCCUGGUCAUCAACCCGCUGGGAAACUUCUGGUUGAUCUUGACCGUCACUUCUGUGGAGCUGGGCGUCUUGGGUCUCAUGACGCUCUGGAAUGUAGACAUGGACAGCAUCUCUAUUCUGUGCCUUAUUUAUACUCUCAACUUUGCCAUGGAUCACUGUGCCCCCCAUCUGUACACAUUCGUACUUGCCACUGAGCACACAAGGACUCAGUGCAUAAAAAUUUCAUUGGAGGAACACGGGGCGGCCAUUUUGCAGAACACCUCGUGUUUUGUGAUCGGGAUAAUGCCCCUUCUUUUCGUGCCUUCUAACCUGACCUAUACGCUGUUCAAAUGCUCCCUGCUCACGGCCGGAUGCACAGUGCUGCACUGUUUCGUCAUCCUGCCCGUGUUUUUGACGUUUUUUCCGCCCUCGAAAAAACGGCACAAGAAAAAGAAACGAGCCAAAAGGAAAGAGCGGGAAAGAGAGAGGGAGAGAGAGGAAAUUGAGUGCAUCGAAGUCAGGGAAAAUCCUGACCAUGUGACCAACGUUUGAAAGGCACGUGCGAGUGCAGGUACAAACAGAGCAGGUCCUGUCCACAAGGGGGCGAUGCCACGCAGCAUAGGUCAAGAAGUGACCAAGUUGUGGCGUUCGCUCUCUCUCUCUCUCUCUCUCUCUCUCUCUCUCUCUUUCUCUCUCUGCUGGGGUGGCACUCACGACCCCAGUGAUCAACAGCAGAGUAAAAACAACCCCACACAUCUUGUGCACCCUUCAUCCAGAACAGUGUAUAACAUCUGCAGCUGCUAGCUUAUGUCGGCCAUUCAUUUGACAGGCUCAAGAAGGUUGUUUAGAUAAAACUAGAUGAGCUAAGACUUACUAUCGAAGGCAUAAAAUGUUUCACUCCAAAAAUUCCAGCAUGAAUCCAAGUAGAGAUCGAACUAAACCUUAUUUCUAGAUCUACACCAUGUAUGCUUAUCUGUAAUGGUUUACUUGCGUUUUGUAAGAGCAGACCCAGUGCUCUUAUUUAGCAACAACAUAAUUACUUUUUUUGAUCAAUCUGUUGUUAUGCACCUCACAUUUUUCCAGCCUUGUGCUUAUAUAAUAAAUCCGAUUCAGACCGAUUCUAUUUAAAAGUAACUUAGUAGCAAUCGGAAGUAGCACUUUUCAGCCUCCAUCAAAUUAUGCAACACUCUCCUAAAAAUAAAAGUUGGCAUGCAUUUAUCAAAAUAUCCUGUAGCAAAAUCUAAUAGUAUGUUUGACAUUUCUCCUGUAGCAGUUAUGUAGACAUAUUAACUGAGAUUAAAAUUAAUGCAAACUCACAAGGUGACAAAUAUUUUCCAUUAUUAAUGGACGAUAACAAUAAGCUGAAUAGGGUGCUUUUUAUUUGUUUAUAUUUAAUUUUUUUUUAUUCUGUCAAGUUUGACAUUUAGGUGCAAUUCAGACGAAUAUAUAUAUUUUUUUCUCUUCAGAUUAAACAAACAGGGUUGUGUUGACAAAAGGUGCUUUCUGUAAACACCGCCAAUAUGACAUCACUAAAGAGUUUUACCUGUAUAUCCCAUUUUUAAAAAGAUUUACUAAAACACCCAAGCUUCUCAUUCACGAGAUAAAAGAUGUGUAGCAUGUUUUAACGCUGCAUUAAUACAGUUUGUUAGUUAGUUAGUUUGUUUACUUGCUUGUUUGUCACCAAAUCGUAAACUUGCUUAAACUGAAACACAAAAAAGACAAUGAAUUUUACUUUUUUACUGUUAUUUUUUUGCAAAGCGAUUCACUGAUGGAUGUUGUCUAAAAUGUGUUGAAUCACAUGGGAAGUAUUGUUAUUUUAAUGUAGCAUGUGUUUUGUCUGUAUUUGUUUGUUUGUUGUGCGUUUGUGGGGAUAAGCAAUGCAGAUGAUAUACACUGUGUUCACGCUGAAGAAGAUAUCUUGCACAAAUCGAUAAAAAGAUGGUGGAAAAGAGUGUCUGUUAUGUCAAAAGUGUUUGCAGGCGUAUUAGAUAUCACAUCACACAAUGUUGUGUAUUAGCAUAGUAGGCGAGUUGUGAUCUAUGGGUCCUAAAGUACUGACAUACAGCACCACCUGUUGUUUGCUUGUGGGGUAAGAGAAUACAAAUGGUAAUGUAGAAAAAAAUGUCUUCAUUGAUCUUGCACAGAUAAAUGAUUUCAAUGCUCUGCAGAGAUGGCAAAAUGAGAUCCUGAAGUCUCUUAAUGUUUUGAUAAUCACAGAUUAAAAAUAUUUCGUAUAAAUAUUGAUUCAAACUCUAAUUGUCCUGAUUAACAUAUUGGAAUAAACAGUGCAAUGCCAAAUCAAACAUGCAGCACAACUGGUUUUGUGCCUUCCAGUUCCUAGGGUGUUGAAAUGUAUGCCUCAACAUAGUGUAGAUCGCUGGCCAAAAAUUGUGGGAAAAUCCAAGCGGCAUGUAUACCCUACACAUUUUAUGAUCAUUCGACUUUGCAAACUUUAGUUUUUUGUGUGUGUGUGUGUGUGCGUGUGUGUGUGUAUGACAUGUGCUAGCCAGAGCCUUAUUGAUCCAGUUUAUUCACUGGCGUCAUUGUAAAGUCAUUCCAAAGGCGAAGGGUCUUUUGUUGAAGUUUUUACUAACCAGAGUUUACUUGAGAGGUUGAGAUAAAUGGACCAAAUGUUUGGCACAGUCUUAAAGCAGAUUUGCAUGGGAAAAGAGAGAUAAAGUCCAUUACAAUCCACAAUUGGUUCGCUACAAAAUGCUUCAUUAACAGAUGCUGAGCUAAUGCUUUUAUAGACUAUUUAAGGACAAAAAGUUACAGAUAUCGGGUACCACUUUGUUAGAUGCAACAUUCCAAUCAAAACAGGUUUCAUUAGUAUUAGCUACUGUAAUAAACGAUUUAUGUGUACAGUAGUGUCUAAAAUGAUGACAUUUCAUGUUUUGUAAGAGCCAUUAAAUAUUUGUGUUGGAAGGGGGCAUGGACAUUAAAAAUACUAAGGUAAGAGAUACAUAAUGAAAAUUAUGAAAUUCAUAUUCUUCCCAAAAUGACUGUGUAUGCAUGUAUGUACGUAUGCAUGCAUUUGUGUGUAAUUUACUUUUUUGAGCUGUAGAGAUGCUCAAGUAGACUUUUUGAUUUAAUGCAUUCUUGAUUCCAUCUCGAGGCGUAUAUGUUUUGCAUUUUUUCUAAGCCAGUAGGAAAAAUAAUGAAUUGUAAAAUAAAUGUAUAAAUGAAUUUUCUAUUUUUUUUUAAAGAAAUGACAGAUAAGCGUUUUUAAAAUGAGUCAAGCAAUAUAAAAACAGAUAAGGUUUAAGCUGGUAAUAUGGAAUGUGUUUUUGCAUUGUCAGCAAAUCAGUUUUCUCACUACAUUAUAAUAGUUUUCUUAAUUUAAAAUAUCUAUAGCCUAUAUACAACCACACUGUAAUUAUAUAGGAUACAGUAUCUCACCCUGCUACAGUAAUACAGUAUGAUACGGUAAUCCAUUUCUUCAUCGGUGGCCAAAACUGAAUCAUAAUUAAAAAUCUAAUUAUAAUGCAAUGUAAUCAUAGGUGUAGAGACUUUGUAAGAACUUAAAUAUGUUAAAACAUUAAAUAACUACAGUAUGGUGACAAUUCAGGACACUUAAUGAAGUCAUAAUAAUUAUGUAACCCAACACCAAAUAUAUUAUAUCUGCAAAACGACUUAUAUAUUUAGUUAUAGCGGCAUAGAUAAAAAUCUGUAUACUGCUUUUUUUGUUGUGAUGCAUGUUCUCCAAUCGGGCCAUAAAUCACUUAGCCGACAUCCUUAUUAUCUGCUUUAUUUAACUUCAAUGUGGCCCACAAAUCAAAGUCAACACAAAGUCACCAACGUUUUUAGCGAAACUACUGACUUCAGUUUUCAGGCAAGCAGCUAUAUUUUCUAAGGACCAUAAAUCAAAUAUGCACUUUUGGGGCUCCGAUGUCUUUGACACAAGCAUCUUAGAUUUCGCCAGCUAAACUGAUUUAAUAUCCAAGUUAUUUUCAUUAAUACUUGUCCGCAUAUUUUAUUACAAAGGGGCCACAUGUGAGCCACAUGUGAGCGAUUGCUUUUACAUGGUCAGAUGUGAAACACAUACUAUAACCUAUUGUACGUUGCUCUGCGAUCUCUGUAACAUUUAUACUCUGUCAUAAGUGGACAUGAUAUCCACCGUGUACAGCAAACCAAAGCAUAAAUUUGCAGUGUAGAAAACGUUUAAAGAUUGGGCAAUGCACAAGUCAGCAUUUUUGGACACAGAAGUUGCAGGAAUUUCAUUGCAUUAGAUAACAAAAUUUGAAACUAAGUAGCGUCUGCAAACAAAUGUUACUUGAGCUUGUGAGGUAUUUUAUUACCUGUAACCAGCUAAUCCCAAGAGAAGUAUAAUUUGCCUCAAAUAAAGUCUCAAAAUGGCAGGGUUGUUUUUAAGCCAUGUUUGGAAAAUAUUGGACAGAACACACCGCUAAUAUUGAUGCAAUGCUGGGUUGUUUUAACCCAACUGCUGGGCUAUUAUAACUAAGGUUGGGUCGAUACCAGUUUUUCAUGUCUGAUACCGAUGUCGAUACCACAGCCUGGAGUAUCUGUCGAUACCGAUCCAGUACCAUCUCUAUCGGCCUUUUAAUCAAUUAAGUUGCAAAUAACACAUUUGUUAGCCAUACAAAAAGCUUAAACAGAGCUACAGAACUCAAACAUUUAGCUGUGCAACAAAUGACUGUGCAAAUUCAAGACUCAAUGAAACAUUGUGCAAUACUGCUGCUUUAUUUUUAUUGAAAUGUUUUAAACAGACUUGUAGCAGAAUUUUUAGUUUGUCAGCACAAAAAUUAUUUAGACAAUUUAAAGUUAAACUUUGUGCAAAUUCAUGUUGCUUAGCAAGUUGUGGUUUACGCCAAGUUGUCACGACAUGGUCCAUUUUGGUAUUGUACUCCCCACUUCUACAAAAUUCGAUCUGGCCAUUUUCGCCAAUAUCGGACUAAUAUCGAUACGGAAUACCGUACUGGCCCACCCCUAAUUAUAAUCCAUGGUUGCAUAACAACAACCCAACAUCGGGUAAUUUUUAACCCAUCAUGUGUUCUGCCCAAUAUUGACUCAUUAUAGGUUAAAAUAUAUUUUUUAUAAAUGCUGCUUGGUUUGGUAGUUUGUUAUGUUACAUAUUGCAAGUAGUGUCAGUGAGGGAUUUUUCCAUUUUGUCACAACUCUUUUGUUUUUAGGUCAGAGUUGGCUGUGUUUAACUCAUUCCCCGCCAUUGACAAGAUAUCUUAUCAAUUAAGAGAAAACAUUGGCCUGAAAAAACGUGUUCCUAAUGAGUUUUUAUGGUUAUCUGUAAUACCACGCACUUACCCAAUUUAUAAAAAAACUGAAGCAAAAAAAUAUUUAUUAAUUUUACACUACUUUUAUCUUUUGAUUAUUUUUCUGAAUCCGAUCUUUAACAAAAUAAAAAAAAUCCAAUUAUUUCAGCUUUUUGCAAAAUUUUUUGUAUUUUUGAAGAAAAAUACUCCUAUUUAAAAGUUUAUGAACAGAGAAAAAAAUAAAGAUAGGAUGAAGCGGUUUUCCCCGUUUUGUUUGUUUAUUGUUUGUUUGAAAACAGAGGGUCUGUUCUUUUUUAUUUGAUAUAUUUGUGUGUUUAUAUAUAUUUAGAUGAAAAAUGUUCUUCUAAAAUUUUCCACAAAAAUGCUGCAAACUUUUUUUAAAAAGGCUGGCGGGGAAUGAGUGUGUGUAUGUAUGUAUGUAUAUAUAUAUAUAUAUAUAUUAUGGCAGCAUACACACUGCAAAAAAAUGACUUUCAAGAAAAAAAUAUUAGUAAUUUUGUCUUGUUUUCUUGUUUUGAUGAGCAAA